UCCUCCGCCUCCACCCCUCGCUCUCCCUGCCGCGCUCAACUCAUCAAAAACCACACCUCGUCGGCGGCGGUGGCCAUGGCCGCCUUCUUGCCGCCCGUCCCCAUGGACCGCGCGUCGGAGAGCAUGUGGCGGGGCCGGGGCAAGGACCCGCGCGACCUCGAGGCGCUCAUCGGCCGCAUCCUCUCCUACAUCCACCUGGUCCUCCCGGGCCCGCCCGCCUCCCGCCAUGCCCCCGGCCUCUACGCCCUCCUCCCCCACGACCACCUUGACCGCCUCAGCCUCCUCCCCGACGCGCUCCUGCGCAACGUCCUCACCCGCCUCUCCGUCACGGACGCCGCGCGCACCACCGCGCUCUCCCGCCGCUGGCGCGGCCUCUGGCGCUCCGCCCCGCUCGUCCUCGUCGACGCCCACCUCCUCCCGUCCUCGCCCUCGCCCGAGGUGCAGGUGCAGGUGCCGCGGGACGCCGCGCGCUGCGUCACCUCCGCCGUCUCCCGCAUCCUCGCCGCGCAUCCGGGCCCCUUCCGCUGCGUCCACCUCACCACCAGCCACAUGGAGGAGUUCCGGGGCCUGCUCGCGCGCUGGCUGCAGCUCCUCGCCGUCAAGGGCAUCCAGGAGCUCGUCCUCGCCAACCGCCCGUGGCCGUUUGACCUCGACCUCCCCGCCGCCUUCUUCGGCAUGGCCACGCUCACCCGCCUCUACCUCGCCUUCUGGAAGUUCCCGGACACUGCCGGCCUCCCCCGCGCCUCCUCCUUCCCCAACCUCCGCGAGCUCGGCCUCUGUACAGUCGCCAUGGAGAGCCGGCACAUGAACUUCAUCAUCUCCAGGAGCCCCGUGCUGGAGAUCCUGUGCAUCCAAGCCAACUUGCUCAUGGACCGUCUCACCCUCGUCAGCCGCAGCAUCCGGUGCGUGCAGUUAAUCGGGGCCUCCGAUCUGGAAAUCGUCGUGGACGAAGCCCCCAAGCUCGAGCGCCUCAUCAUCUGGGAGUCAUUCACCCGCAAAGGCCCAGGCUCGCACAAGAGGAUCAAGAUCGGUCAUGCACCAGCGCUAAGCAUACUUGGCUACUUGGAGCCGGAAUUGCACACGCUCCAGAUCGGCAACACCACCAUCAAGACUGGGACAAAAGCGAGCCCAAGCACCAUGGUACCAACCGUGAAGAUCCUCGGCUUAAAAGUGCGUUUUGGUGUCCGCAAUGAAGCCAAAAUUCUGCCUUGCUUUUUCAGGUGCUUUCCAAAUGUUGAGAGGCUGCACAUCGAGUCCAAGAAAACUGCCGAGACCACCGGCAAGCUCAACCUCAAGUUCUGGGAGGAGUCCGGUGCCAUCGAAUGCAUCCGUUCACACGUUGACUUGAUGAUCUUUCAGAACUUCCUAGGAGAUCGGUGCGAGCUUUCCUUCCUCAAGUUUUUCCUUGAGAACGCUCGGAUGCUGACGAAGCUGGCGAUUGUGUGUGUCAAUGGAAGCUUCAGCUCGCUGGCUGAGGUAAAUGCCAAAGUGAAGCCUCUGUUCGACACAAAAUGGGCCAGUAACUGCUGUCAACUGCUGCUCUUCGAGAGUGCAUUUGCUGAAGGUCAAGGCCUUCAGAUGCAGAACUUCGAAAGAGGAUCUGACUUCUCUGUGAGGGACCCUUUCGCCGUCAUCGUCAGAGCUUAGUUUUGCUGGAAAAAUUAGGGCACUUUUUGGAUCGUUGGCUCAUGUUCUAUGGAGACUCAGCAGGAUUCUUGGUUCUAUUAGCAUGUUUACCCUCAAAUGUUUAAGUUAGUAGUUCCGGCGUUUAUGCAAAAGACAAGUGUUUUAUGUAGCUUAUAUAUCUUAGCUUUGGCCUACUGCUGAAUGUGCUACAUCACACAGUUUCUGCUA